GAACCUUCACGACGUCGCCCAUCAUUCCUGAAUAUGAGAAUUACGAUAAAAUUAUCCGUACUCCUUUUUCUGGUUUUUGAGAGUGAAGCCAGGUGGACGCGGGUAAACCUGACAGAAGAAGCGGAUCACUACAUUAAACGAUUGAUUAAUAAGGGUGCAAACAUAAGCAGCUGGGGCCUUGGUGCUGACUACGAGUAUUGGAUCAAUCGGACCCACCCUUGGAAUGUGUACCCAAUAACUGCACGGGGACAUGAUCUAUGGUGCGGAAACGAUGAACUUUACGAUUCUAAUGGAAAGAUUGUCAGACUACGCAUGAUCUUUAACGUCACCAAGAGUGUGCAAAGUCCUUUCCCUGCCAUCUUUAACGCUACGCUCCCACUGAUAAAGCUGCGGUGGUUCAAACCAGAAACUGCUCAGAUAGACAUGAACAACGCAACACGGAUUGUACUCCAGAAAAACAACAAAGACAUCAGAAUUCACAAGGGUAUGAAGUUUUACCGCACGACUUGCAAGUUUCAAGGGAGAAUCAAUUAUGCUGGAUACUUUGCUUAUAAGGACAGCAACGGGUACCACAAAGUAGGCGUUGGACAUCUGCACAACUCACGAAAGGGAUUGGUGAAGCUCGCUGAAUGGUAUCUGGAAUACUUUGUUGAAGGUACCUACGAACAACGAAUAAUUGUCUCGGUCGAAUAAAGUAGUGUCCGCGCAA